AUGGGUUAUUCAAAAUAAUACUUAGAUCUGUUAGGAUUAGACAAAGACGCUAUAUCACAAAUAUAUCUGAGAAAUAAGAAAAUAGAUCUGUUCUAGAAUUUGUAAGAUAUAUCUAAGUAGGCUUUGAAAGGAUUUUUUAAUUUUGUGGAUACAGCUACAGAAACUAAACAACGUAAUUAAGAAUAGUUUGAAUCAAAUAUUAUCACAUUUGAUGGAUAUCCAAUCAAAAUCUUUCAAAAGAAAUAAUCAAUUUGUAAUGUACUAUUUUAGGAAUCAUAUAAUCAAAAUGUACACGGCAAGUUUCAUUUAACAGUUGUGCAUAUAGAUGUAGAACUUGAUACCUUAUAGCAGCUAAUAUAAUAUCGCACAAGAAUAUCAAAAUAAUCUAAUUCUGAAAUUGAUACAGAUUUUAUAAGAAGAGAGAAUUCUUAUCUGUUUGAAGAUGUUGAAUAUUCUGUCGAGUCUUAGUAAUUCAUAGAAAAGUUUUAUGGUAAAAACCUUUUAAAUCUCAAAUAAAUUCAAAAAUAAAAUGAUGAAAAAAAUAAAUAAUGUUGCUAUAAAUUCAUAGAUUUGAAAUGA